AUGAAGGUCCUAGGUGUAACGGUGAUAUGCGCGUUGCUGGGAGCCGCAGCGGCGGGCGCGGCGCUGCCGGUGGCUUCAACCCUCUUCAAGACCUUCAUACCAGCUCAAACUAAAUCCUUUGGAUAUUCUACUACGCAAUACAUCAACUCUUUGCCGACCUCGUACCAGGUUGGACUGCGUCCGCAAAUAACAUACCAGUUGCCUCAAUUCAGCUCUGUUGCUCCUCAAUACACUCAUUACGCGAUCCCCGGUGGCUCAACGUACUUCUCUCCCUUUGCAUCCUUUCCGUUUUACCCUGGAGUAGCCUCUAUCGCUCCAGUUGCUUCCAUUCCCACUGUAGUAGCAGCGCCCAGCUACCCGGGCCUGCAGCCUGUAGCUCCUGCUUUUCCAACGCAGCCUGAAACUACUCCCAUCUUCCCUACACAGCAACCAACACCCACAACCCCGGGUCAGCAGACCGGAGAUUCUGACACAUCCGUCGUAGAUUCAGUAGAUUUCCCGAACCAGGAUCAACAAAAGGAGAAUAAACCUUCCGCGCCCCAGUUUCCCCCUGCUAGCAGUUUUCCGAGUUACCCUCAAACUUUACAAGAUUUCCCGGCGAUACCCCAGAUCCCUCAAGGAUCCGAACAACCUUCAUUACCACAAAUCCCUCAGGGAUCUGAAGGACCUUCUUUUCCACAAAACCCACAGGGUUCUGAGCAGGGACCUUCAUUCCCCCAAAUCCCUCAAUUCCCCCAAGGAUCUGAGCAGGGACCUUCCUUCCCCCAAAUCCCUCAAUUCCCUCAGGGAUCUGGCCAGCCAUCAUUCCCCCAAAUACCGCAGUUUCCUCAGGGAUCUGGCCAGCCAUCAUUCCCACAAAUUCCGCAAUUCCCUCAAGAGGGCUCUGAACAGGGACCUUCUUUCCCACAAAUUCCUCAAUUCCCACAAGGCUCCGCGCCAGGUUUUCCCCAAUUCCCGCCUUUCACCCCGUCACCAGCUCCUUCGCCUUCGCCUCCGGCUACUUUCCCUGGCGUUGACAACACAGACAAAGGUUUGAACGAUGAAGACACGAUAUCUGUUGAAUCCGCGUAAGUUUAAGGUAUAAUUAUUUUGUAAAUAAAAAACGAUUUUCACCAAAAAA